AUGAUGUGGAAUUCACAGUCCUGUGCAACAGAGAAUGCAACCAUUUUUCAACAAGGCAAAGCCCAUGGAAGGAUGUCAAACACUACUUGUAUUAUCUUCUUCUGCAACAGCUACAGCAGACUGGAAUGGUAUUGCUACUUUGUGAUUAUACUUUGCUUUUUAGUUCUGCUAAUAGGAUUUCUGGGGAACACAUUCACACUACUCUAUUAUAUAUACACUGUGAAAUCAUGGACCAGUAGUGCUAUAUUUUUAUUCAAUUUGGCAUUGUGUGAUUUCACUUGGAUCUUCCUGACUCCUUUUUCAGUCUACUACCAUCUACAGAAGCGCACAGUCUAUUCUACUCAACUAUUCUGCCAAUUUAAAAGAACAUUCUUUGACAUCAACAUUUAUGGCAGCAUCUAUUUUCUCACAUUGAUCAGUUUUGACCGAUACAUAGGCGCUGUCUAUCCUAUUCGAUCAUUGAAGUGGCGGAAUAAAAGCAGGGCUGUGUAUUGCACCAUUGCCGUAUGGAUCUUAAUUUUUACAGCAUCUGUUCCUGACUUUUACUACACAUUUGUGGUCCAAAGGCAAAGGGAAUCUGCAGCUUGCCUAGAUAAUAUGGGAGAACCUCUGUACUUUGUGGUGCCUUUCACGAUUUUCAGAGUUUUAUUUGGAUUCUUUAUUCCAGUCAUAGUUAUCUUUACAUGCUAUAUGUUGACCCUAAAAGCAGUACAGAAAAUGAAAAAUCGCCAACAGAGAAGACACCUCAUUGUAAAGCCCUUGAAGUUGGUUUCAGCUGCAAUGAUUGUUUUUGCAGUGGCAUUCAUUCCUUAUCAUGUCAUGAUGAUGGCAGUAGUAAUUUACAGAAUGAAUUAUCAGCUCAACUCUGACAAUAUACACCUGAUAUUUACCAUUUAUAAGCUCACUGAAAUCAUUUGCAGUGUGAGCAGUUGCCUAAACCCCAUCAUUUUUAUGCUAGCAAGCAAGAAAUUCCAAGAAAAGUGCAAAACUAUACAGUGCUCUCCUAAACACAGAUGCCAUUGCUGUCAAUCACGUAAAGUGGGGGAUAUUGCAGCUGCACUGUGA